CUCUUCCCCAUUCCACCUCCCCUCUACCCAGAAGUCCUGCCCUCUUUUCCUUUUAAACUUUCCCUGGCAUGGAGUUGGCACUUCCCCUUUCCUGUUAUUUGAUGUGGUUCUACAUUUUUGGUGAGUUUGAGAAACCCACUUUGUUACCUUAACUUUCUUCAUUGAUCACCUACCGUCACCUCUCUCCACCCCUGCCUCUUCCAAUCUGUCCUAGCUACAGACCUCUCUCGUUCCCUUAUAACAAAUGGAACACACCAUAGCCAUAUUAUAUGUCACAUGUCCUGUUUCAAAACACGGGAAUGAUGGGAACUUAAAAAGACAUUACAUUUUCACAAAAACUUUGUAAACUGAAAGUGAAAACCAAUCUAUGUACAUAACAAAUGUUGAGAGCCCCCCUCAUAAAAUAUGAUGAAGACACAGUGGAGUCAGCUGUACUUUAAUGUGCCUAACAAGUUCUGCAACUGCUUUGCAUACAUAAGGUCUUUUAUUGAGAGGUAUUAGCUGCCUAUGUUCCGUUUUGCUAAGGAUCAUAGGAGUUGUAGUUCAACAAGUUGCCAGCCAGUGGCAAAACCACAGGUAUUAUGAGAUAUCCUAUUUAUGUAUGUUGCAUUGAUUGCUGUAGCAGUAAAUUCUGUAACCAUCAAUGUUUGUAUGGUACAUUUUCAAAGAAAAGGGCAAAGUUACUGAAAUGGGGGGGGGAAAAAAAUCUCAGCUAUGUUUCCUGCUCUGAUAUUUUGAAUUUAAAAUGUGCCAUUCCCUGGUGAAUUCUUAAGCGAGCAACUCUGGAACAGGGUGGAGAACUCUCCCAGGUUAAUUCACUAAACUCUGAAUUGUAGCAAAUACAUAUUCUACAAUUUAGACCAAAAUAGCAGAUUUUGAAAAAAAUCUACAAUUUAGCUUUAUUUACAGCUUGGUUGCAAUUCACAAUUUACAGGGUUAUUCACCAAACCCCAGAUUUUGAAUGGAAAUCUGAUUGGCAUGGUAAUUCUCACAUUUACUAAAACCAAGUAUGGUUGGAAAUUGGUCUGUCUGAGCAGAUCUACUCCAAUCGCCCAGAUUAAUUCAGUGUUUGGAGUAAAACUAGUGCUUUUGUAUCCAAACCCUGUAUAAAGUAUCGGGACGUGGAAAAUUCACAAAGCUCGGCUUGAAUAAAAUUCGAGACAGAAUGUAUCAGGUAGGCAAAUUAUUGUUAAUUUUCCUUCAUGCAAGUUAAUCAUUUUAAAGGGACACUGUAGACACCCAUACCACUUAAGCUCAUUGAAGUGGUCUGGGUGCAAUGUCCCAUGUCCCUUAACCCAACAGUGGUAAUUACUGCAGUUUCUGAGAAACUGCAAUAAUCACCUUGUAGGGUUAACUCCUCCUCUACUGCCUGUCAACCAGACAGCCACUAGAGGGACUUCCGGAAUCGAAACAGACCUUUGUUCCGUAAUCUGACACUGGACGUCUUCGUGCUUUGCCUGAGGACUUCCAGCGUCAGAUUUUUUCCCCAUAGGAGAGCAUUAAAUUUUGCUUUCCUAUGGGGAAAUCCUAACGCGAGCGUGGGCAUGGGCUGGAGAGAAGCGUGGGCAGAGCCUGACCCAUUGCCGAAGGGGUUUUAACCCCUUCAGCAGCACAGUAGGGAGUGGGAGUGCGAGGUAGGGGGCACUGUAGGAUUCUACAGUGGCACUAUAGAAUUCCUUUAAGUACUAUUUGCUCAUAGGCAAUGCAAGCGUUAAUUAUGUGGCAGAUGUCAAGGCUUGCUAGCCAGCCGCCAUAUUACUGUAAGGGCGGUUUAAAAACUCUCUUUGCCCACACCUGCCAUUUGACAGGUGUGGACAUGUCUACUAAAUGUUUAAAACUAGUGACUGGUCAGUCAUUGCUGCCUAGUUGCUGGAAGAGCCCCAUCCCAUGAUAAUGGGGUCUGUAAAAUAACAGUGGGUGGAUGAAGUCCCCUCUGUGGGCAUCAGGUGGUGGACUAUUAAAUAAACUGUCCACCCCCUCUGCGGUGGGGGCUAUUCAAAAAAAGGAACAGGGGGACAUCCUUAUGUCCCCUCUGCCCCCACCUGUAUUCAUCGUGUAUGCAUCUCUACGGGGAAAGUUCAGCAUCUCCAUGCAGAGCGUGAAGACGCUGAACGUUAGUUCAGCAUAUUGUGCAGCACUUCCCCAGGAACUCACCUCUAGUGUGCACCUGAGUGGCUGCAACUGUAGGUGUCUCAAUGUAAACACUGCCGUUCUCUGAAAAGUCAGCCUGGGCAUGCUUUAGACAAGUGACUUACUUACAGAAUGUAACUGAGACAUGAGGUGAGGAAGGCCAUCUAUGGACAAAUAAGAGGCAAACUAUUACAAAUGUUAACCGGAAACAAGGUUAUUGAGGACCUUCUCGAACAAACUUACAAUCUAGAGUUAGUCCUUUUUUAAAGAUUGAAACCUGGCUGGUUCUCUUGCAUCCUUACAGCAUGAGCCAGGGGGGGGGGUGAAUUCUAUUACUCAGAAUUAGCGGAGGCACAGCGCUAUGUGGAUGCAUACAGUUUGCUCUGAUCCUGGAGUCGCAAUAAACCAAUCACUGCUGGCUUUCCACCCAUUGUUUGCAUUUUGCUUUCUACUUCUUCCCAUUCAAAGCCAGCUCAACAGAUUUCUCAUCAACAGCUUAUAAGGAUUUCUUGAGCUAUGUAAAAGUCUAUAGAUAUCAGUAAGUGAACCUUUUAAAAUAAGGUCAAGUAUUUAAAUGUUGAUGAUGGGAGAUAUAUGUACAAAGUUGGGCUUAUAGUAUGAUAGAGAUAUAUCCUUUAAUCUGGGUCUUCAGCUUGUCUCAAAUUUAACAAGAGUGCAUAAAACCAAAACCAACUGAUAGUAGAACCCACUAAAAUUAUUCACUCUUAUCACCUGUCCAGGGGAUACAAUCUUCCCAUCUUCAACAAAGAAUGUGAUUCUAAACUGUUUGGUCUAUACUCCGAUAUUCAUCUUUUAUCCCUGUCCAUCUGCUUUGCAAGCAUCGCCCACUGUGUCCUAGAGAGCCAGUCUAUACACCAUCAGCAAUUUAUAGAAAAUGUAAGCGGUAUGGUUCUUGAAACAUUUGAUACUCAGCCAAUAAAUAGCAUUAAAAUAUGUAUAAAGUAAAUAUUGCUAAUAGAAGUGAAGCUGCAUCAAUAUCAUGGUAGGUGUUGCGCCAGGUGCCUCAGUAACCCACCAGUUUAGUUAAACUGAUUGAAAACAACCAAGAAUAAUGGAACAAUGUCUGCAGCCUAAUGGUACCUCAACCACUACAUUGGCAUGUGGUGCUUUUAAUGCCUAUUAUUAUUAUUGUUUGCAUGUAUGCUCUUUCAAGCUCUAUGGCUUGUUUGUGAACAGAGAAUAACAUUUUAUAAUAGCUAAAAAAAAAAGGGGGGGUUCCAAAGACCUAUUGCUUCUUUUAGGGAGAAGGGAGGGUCGUUAUGCUAUGAAUAGUGGCUAAUGCCAUUUGCACAGAAACUGGUGUAUACAUAGAGAAGGGCGAACUGAUCUAAAUGUUUUUAGCAGAUGGUAAAACAUCAGGUUAGUACAGAGGCCUUUAAGACACUGUGCUCCAAGCAAAAUUUGUUAUAUUCUUAACACAAGAAUAAUAAUACUUUAUAUAUUAUUAUUAUUAUUAUUAUUACUACCACACAUGUAAUAAUGACCUGAUUGUGUGCCCUUGGCGUGAUGCACUAAAAUGUGCUCUUGUAAGGAAAUGUUAACUAGGGCUUUAAGUGAAGGCAUAUAUGCCCCCAUCUCAUCCUGCUCCCCCCCCCCCCCAGCAGUGCCCUCAAAUGAACCUCCAGAUCACAUUCCUGCUUAGAGUUAAAGUGCUGGAUGCCCAUCUUUACUAGAAGACUGUUAUUUGUAAAAGGAAUACUUAUACUGUUUAGCAGAAUCACCUUGGAGUCGCUAUGGGAUUCUGAACAGCUCUUACCUCUGGGGAAUUUUUCAAAGCUUGUUAAUUAUAUAUCUCUAAAAUAGAACCUGUCAAUUAAGUCACUUUAAAGAGAAAGGUAUAACCUGUUCUUUAUAGGUGGCUGGUUCUUUAAAUGCAUGUAUCAUUAAUUUUUUAGGAAGGAAAAAUGUAUCAUUAUGAGUAGCCAAAUAAAACCAGGAUUAUUCAAUAAUGUAAUGUGGACAAAGCUCCAGAGGUGCCAUCUAAAGAAAAAAAUAAAGUAAAAAUGUUUAUGCAUCUUGUGCAUGUUGUAUUUGUUACAUGCACAAUGUAGUAGAUUAUGAGCUAGAGACUCAUGGGUACUGGCACGCUUUAACUACACAAUAUAGUUAACUUGUAUGCAUAAUCAACAUUUACUAAAUUGUGAGCACAUGAUAACCAGUCCUUUGCUGGUCUCUAACAUGGCGGGGGAAUUUGUAAGGCCGGCUUCACUGCCAUUUUGGAUCCAGUGUUAAUUUUGUCAACGAACAAUUUUAGUCAAAUUUUAGUUGAGUAAAACUAGACUUGACUGCUGACCCAUCCUCCUUUUACCUUCCCGUUGCCCUCCCAAUAAGACACCAUACACUUUUCUUGUGGAUAAGGGCAACGGCCACAGCUUUAUUAACUUAAUUCAAAUCCAAUAACCAUGACCUGUCAGCUGUUGGGGCGGUUAACCCAACAGACAGUUCUCCACCUCUUUUUCCCAAGAGCCUCAAUUUUCACCAGUUUCCUUCCAGAGUCUCUGCUGACUGGUAAGUCUACUCCCCAUAUCUUUGCAACAUUUUAUCCAAUUUAGUCCAGCUCCCGCCCCAUACAUGGGCAGCAGUCAUGAUCCCCCUUCCCAAGGUGUACAGGGGGAAACUAAAAUUAAAACAAUUCAGAUGACUAAUAUACGACCAGUGGCAUACAUACCGCAGUCGCAGCUCCCAUCAGGCUGAGCCCCCACUGGACCCCAGGGAAAGUCACCCUCCUGCAAAAGGUAGGAAACGGGAAACCUUAUGUGUCUCUGUAUGUGUGUGUAUGGGGGAGGGGGACACGGAUCAGUUUUUCACCAGGCCCCAUGGAUUGUGUGUACGCCACUGUAUAUGACUAAAACUAAAAUUACAUUUUAGUCAAAUGACUAUGACUAAAACUAAAUUGAAAUUUGCUGCCAAAAUUAACUGCACAGAAGGGUUGUGGAAAGGGCAAAAGAGACAGACCAGGGCUUGGGAGAGAGACACCUAGAAGGGAGGGGAGGACAAAUAGACACAGAGGGGCUGGGGAAGGGGCAAAAGAAAUAGAGGCAUUAGAUUUUAGUUGUGUCGACUAAAAUCUCCAGUAGAUUUAAAACUACUAAAACCAUUCCGAUAACUAAAAUGACAUUUUAGAACUAAAUUGAAAUUUCCUACAAAAAUGAACACUGGUUGGAUCCCAGCCAGGAACCGAAGUAGGCCGAAGUUGCAGGGUGUGAGGGAGUAAGUGUCAGCCCUAUUGCUCAUUAUGUAGUUUAGUGUGCGCACAAUUUAGUAGGUCAUGCGCACAAGUUAACUAUACUGUACUCUCUCAUAUUCACUAUCUACUAAAUGGUGUGCACCUUUGGGUCUCUGUAGAUUUUUCAAGAACUGAAAGUUAAUUUAAAGUAAGGGUUUUUUUUUUGUUUUUUCAUUUUGUGGCAAAAUAGUUGAAGUUGACUUAAGUGGUGAGAAUUUCAACAGUUUGGUUAUUGUGGUGGGUCACAAUUUAAAAAAAAAAAUGUAUUUGGAGGUUCAUUUAUUUCUAUUUAUCUUACUGUAUUUACUGGGCUUGAACAUGGGCCACUUGGGCUACAUUAUAGGAAGAAAAAAAUGUUACGCUCUGGGUGUGCAUCAAUAGAGCAUGUAGUCCAUCGUCACUAAAAUAUACUGCAUUUGUGAAACUUAGUUGAUGCUUUCUUUUUUUGUUUUUUGUCUGUUUAUUAGGUCUGAGUGCUGACUCUGUACCUCACAGCUCGUUAGUGACUUUCCAAGAUGAAUCUGUAUCUGAGAGCGGAGAAACAUGCAAAGGAAUCGUCCUCAUCACCGCCAAUCAGUCAAGCAGCUUGGUAUUGCCUUUUUUAAAACUGCCUCGUGCUAUUUCUUCAAGGGGCAGUGGGCAUAGUAAUGACAGAGUAGGAUAAAUGGUGGAGUGCUGUGAUUAAGUAUUGUUUGGAGAACUUCUCUCAGUCUUCUUCACAUUCUGUUCAAGAAUUGUAUUUGGGAGACGUAGCUGUUCAUGGCAGCUCCAGAAUGAGUCUUUGUCUUGGCAUGGUCUGGAAGGUCAGAUUGGUUUAGGAGCCUCAGUGUAAUCUAUUCACUAAGUUAUCUGAAUUCCUAUGUUGCAAACUAAAAUUCCCUUUGUGAAGCCCAUUUUUCCGUUCAUGAAACACAAAUUUUUUUUUUUUUUGUUGUUGUAUUUGCAGCCAUUUGGUUAAAUGGUUACUCCAAAUACCAUGAGCACUUGAGUGGUUUUAAAAGGCCAUGUUGCCUGGAGUUUGUCUUUGUAGCGUUUCACUGCCCAUACAGAUCUUAACCCUCGUGCUGCUGGAGGUGUUACUUAAUUUUUGGCAUAAUUAUUGUGUGUUAUUAGCUUAUCUGAUAUCUGUGCAAAUGUAUCAUCUGUCGUCCACACACACUCAGCAUGCUUGCAACAUCCAAUGGCGGCAACCCCCUCUUCUGCGCCACCCAUAUCCUCCACACAAGCCUUCUUGACAUCCUUUUUUUGGGGGGGGGGGGAGGGGGGAAGGUUAAAAUUCUGUUCACAAACCGUAUUAGAUCCUGUUAUCCUGUUAACAUUUUUGUGGGCACUGCACAUGUGCAAAUUAGUAAUUAGGACAGAGCAAGGACACUGCUCAUGUGCAAAUUAGUAAUUAGAACAGGGCAAGGACACUGCUCACGUGCAAAUUAGUAAUUAGGACAGAGCAAGGACACUGCUCAUGUGCAAAUUAGUAAUUAGAACAGGGCAAGGACACUGCUCACGUGCAAAUUAGUAAUUAGGACGGACAUAGGACACUGCUCACGUGCAAAUUAGUAAUUAGGACGGCCAUAGGACACUUCACACUUGCAAGUUAGUAGUUAGGUCAAGGAUAGGGCUACACUUGUGAAAAUUAGUUAGUAAUUAGGACAGGGACAGGACACUGCACACCUGCAAAUUAGGUAGUAAUUGGGACAGGGAUAGGACACUGCACACCUGCAAAUUAGGUAGUAAUUGGGACAGGGAUAGGACACUGCACACCUGCAAAUUAGGUAGUAAUUGGGACAGGGACCGGACACUGCACACCUGCUAAUUGGGACAGGGACAGGACACUGCACACCUGCAAGUUAGUAAUUAGGAUAGGCACAGCUCCCAAGAUGACGUGGACUACCUCUCCCUAGAUGCUUAAGAAUAAUAUGGGAGAUGUAGUCCACAAGAUAUGGAGUACCGAAGGUUGCCUACCACUGGAUUAGAAUUUUGUAAACCUGGAUAUUCAUAGUAUAAUUAUCUCAAACAUCAUAGCUGUUGUCGUUACAGACAUAUUGGUAAAUGUUGUAGUCAAGUCUGCUAGGAAUUUAGUAAGUGUUAAUUCUACACUGCCAGCCGGCCAAAGGUUUUUUUUUUUUUUUUUACUGCAUGCUAACCUUUCCCUGCACAUACUAAACUCUCUAAAAAACGAGAUUGGAUAAAAGAACACUGCAUAAUAAUAGCAAACACUUAUAAGGCAAUAAAGUUACUCUUAAAAAUACAUACUUUCAAAUUAAUGUUCACUGUUUUGUUUUCAUUUUUUAAGUAGCCCUCAGGGAGAGGUGGUCUUUUGUCUCAAAAUAAACCAAAACAGGGUGCAAGCGACUCUCUAAAUAGUCUCAGAAAACACACGAGCUGCUCUGGUCACUUUCAUACUGUUUCCUGAUUUACUAAAGCCAGCAUUGUUUGUUUUUGUAGCUCUGAUCUAUUCCUCAGAAAUCCUUAAAUUUCAGGUUUAAUUUGAGCUGAAUUUAAAACACAUGAAUGUCUCAUGGAGCCAGACAGCUUCUUGUUAAUAUGAAAAGUAAAGUAAGUAAGCUGUUUUAAGCGGUAAGAGAAUGGGACAUUCCAAAGACGAUUCUAAAGUUAGUUAGUUAUUUUUUCUAAAUUACAUUUUGGAAGCUCUCGAGACUGCAGAUUAUCAGGACAGGCUCAGACAGUGCUGGGUUUAUAUCUAAUGUAAUGUGAUCUGACUGCAGAUUACCAGGACAGGCUCAGACAGUGCUGGGUUUAUAUCAAAUGUAAGGUGAUCUGACUGCAGAUUAUCAGGACAGGCUCAGACAGUGCUGGGUUUAUAUCUAAUGUAAGGUGAUCUGACUGCAGAUUAUCAGGACAGGCUCAGGCAGUGCUGGGUUUAUAUCUAAUGUAAGGUGAUCUGACUGCAGAUUAUCAGGACAGGCUCAGGCAGUGCUGGGUUUAUAUCUAAUGUAAGGUGAUCUGACUGCAGAUUAUCAGGACAGGCUCAGACAGUGCUGGGUUUAUAUCUAAUGCAAGGUGAUCUGACUGCAGAUUAUCAGGACAGGCUCAGGCAGUGCUGGGUUUAUAUCUAAUGUAAGGUGAUCUGACUGCAGAUUAUCAGGACAGGCUCAGGCAGUGCUGGGUUUAUAUCUAAUGUAAGGUGAUCUGACUGCAGAUUAUCAGGACAGGCUCAGACAGUGCUGGGUUUAUAUCUAAUGUAAGGUGAUCUGACUGCAGAUUAUCAGGACAGGCUCAGACAGUGCUGGGUUUAUAUCUAAUGUAAUGCGAUCUGACUGCAGAUUAUCAGGACAGGCUCAGACAGUGCUGGGUUUAUAUCUAAUGUAAGGCGAUCUGACUGCAGAUUAUCAGGACAGGCUCAGACAGUGCUGGGUUUAUAUCUAAUGUAAGGUGAUCUGACUGCAGAUUAUCAGGACAGGCUCAGACUGUGCUGGAUUUAUAUCUACUAUAAAAUAAUCUGACUGCAGAUUAUGAAAACAAAUUCUUACAAAUGUAUAAUAAUCUCAUAUCAGAUCAUCAGAUCAGGCUCAGCCAAUGUUGGAUUUAUAUUUAACCCCUUAAGGACCAAACUUCUGGAAUAAAAGGGAAUCAUGACAUGUCACACAUGUCAUGAGUCCUUAAGGGGUUAAAGGGGAACUAGAAUCACCGUGACCACUACAGCGUAAUGUAGUGGUUCCGGUGUCUAUAGCCUUUCCUUGGAGGUUGAGUAUUUUUAGAGAAAAGGCAGUGUUUACAUUGCUGCCUAGGAACACUUCUAGGUACAAUCACUCAGACGGCCCAAAGGUGCUUCCGGAGUCAGUGCUGCACUGUGUGCAACCAUUAUAUUCAAUGUCUCCACGCUGUACAUUGAGGCUCUGAAUAUUCCCCAUAGAGAUGCAGCUGAUUCAAUGCAUCUCUAUGAGAAAAUGUUGAUUGGUGCAGCGUGGUGUUUUGCUAUGGGAAUAGAUUGGAUUGGCUAAGAUUGUGGCGAGACUGGUAGGGUGUGGGCAAAAAGAUUAGUAAAAACACCUUUCCUAAGGGGGUCGAGGACCUAAAAUAGUCAAACACUACAGUGUCAGGAAUACAUGUUUGUAGCGUUUCAGGACAGGGCCUUGACUGAACUGAUUUUGCAUGUAAUGCACGGUGAUUUCCUGUUGAGGUGCAAUUAAUAUUCUGUAAAUAAGGCCUUAUUAAAACAUAUAUGCAAACACACACAACGUUUAAAUAUUAAGGCAAUUUCCCUUUUGCAUUUACAAUUUCCGAUUCUCUUCAUGAAAGCUCCAUGAGAUCUUAUCAGUAGUUGGAGAGCUAUUUAUGUAGCAGGCUUUGCUAUUUUGAGCUAGGAGGUGGGUUAAUACAACUAUUUUGGUUUUUUAUCUUCCACAUUAACCUGCUGGACAAACACUUUUUUAUAAUUAUGCAGGCCUUUCCUUCCCGACUACAUGUGUAAAACAUGAUUAAAAUUCACACAAACAUCUAGAUGAUAACCAUCUUCUUUGGACAAAAUGAUGUUGUGUUGUUCCCUUGUAUGUGAACUCAAUGGCUUACUAGGCUUAGGUUAAUAAAAUACAUAUGUAACAUCCAUUUGAACACACAUAGAUUUUCCGCAAUAAUAAUAAUAAGGUGUGCAGAGUUGAGCAGGCAUUGACCCGUGGUUUGAAUAUUGGUCAGCAGCUGGGAAUUAAAUUGGACCUUAAUAUACAAGUGACUGUUGCAGAAUGUUUUCCUGAUGUAUUUCAUCAGGAUUGUAAGAGACUGCUUUACCUAUCACAUUGUAUCAGUUUUCCUGAUUCUUUCAUAGAUGACAGUUGGACGUUCAGUAAUACACAAUUCUCCAAUAUCCCAGUACUAGAUAAUAGUUCUUUAAGUCCUGGAUCUUCUCAUUACCUUGUUAGCUCUCCAUUUAACGAGUUAGAGUGGGGCCUCCAAAUAUACCACUCUACUAAGUGUGGGUCCUCCACCAAAGGGAAAUAACCCGUAUAUCGUACAGUAAGUUUUACCAUAUUCUAAACUGGUAUAAAGUCAGAUCAGAAAAAACUGGGAUAGCUGUCCACCUGCCCUGACCUUGGCUCUGUCAUAUGUUCUGUCUGUCUCGGGUAUCCUGACAUCAGCUUGUCACUGUUAUUUUUGUCUGUCUGGGAUGUUCUAUUACUAUUAAGCCCAGCUAUUACAUGGUGUGGCGAAACCAACCUCGCCACUGUACACUGGAGAAGCCUGGUUGCUCGCCUGCUCCCUUUAGACUAUGGCCCUGCAGUUCAGACCUGUUAUUUUCCCUGCUGAAAGGUUUAUUUAUGCCUUUCUGCCAGGGUGUUCGGUAGAUUCAAUCUACCGAACAAACUACCGAACGAUGGACCACCUGGGAACUGGAGUGUGCCGUCAAUUGACCGCCCAGAAGCUGCGGUUAACCGCUGCUUAAUUGAUGAACGCUGGGAGGCCUUUGUUCGGUUGCCGAACACGUGGCAGCGACCAUUUUACCUCCCGAACGGCCAGCGGUGUUCAGCGCCUAAACUAUGGAACUGAAAACGGACACUUAAUUGCGCGAACACCACUGAGCCGCCAGCCUUCUUCCCUUCCCAUUCGAGAGCGGAACCGAAUGACUGUUCAUUCGGUAGUUUAACCGGAUGAACAGCAUCACCCAGAUAGCUAAGCCAUGGAGCCUGUUCAUGUAACGAAAAGACUAUGUGAAGGACUUUGGCUCCAUGGUGAUUGAACUGUAUGUAUGUUAUCUGAGCGCCAUUCGGUAAUAAUGUGCGCUCAGAUCUGAGCUAUCUGGGGCUAUGUAGAAUGUAACUGAAUGUAACUGUAGGUAAUUUUAUGUCUUUUACUGUUUGUUUUCUGCCAUGUGGUUAAUGGAGUUUUGCCUCUGUCUUUGGAGAUAAUUGAAUUACUUCCCAAUUAUCUCCAGGGCAGAGAGGAGGGAUUGUGAUGCAUUGUGGGAUGGUUGAAAUGUGUAAGUCUGUGAUUGGUCCUUUUACCCUUUGUGUCCCAGUCUCCCAUUUGGUGCCCUAGGGGAGUGUCCACCAGGUGGGAGACCUGCAUAAAAGCUGGGCAGUUAGCCCCAGUAAAUGAGUUCCUGCUUAACCCUCAAAGUGAAGUGUCGUCUCAUUAUUGGGGGGAGGAUUUACUGUAUGCUGUUAGAGACUGAUUGCCAGGAGUGUAAGCCGCUUGGGGGCUUUUCCUGUUCAUCUGCUAGCAGCUAUUCGUGUGUCUCCAGUUCGGGAGUUUGGAGUGCUACUUGGUAUGCAGUUCGGGAGUUUCGAGUAUUCCCUUGGUUGCAGUUCGGGAGUUGGUGAAUUCGUGGGUUUGCAGUUCGGGAGAUUGGUGCUUGCAGUAGCUGUCUGUGCAGCUGAAAAUAUUGCCUAAACGGUUUUUAACCGCUUGUGGGCAAAACGGUCCGUUACACAUGGACUGGUAAUAUGUGUGUCUCUGUCUUUCCUACCUUUGUCUUUUGCGAUCCAACCCAUAGGUUCUUGGGUUAACCUGACUUACAGUUGUUUCGAAAGUGGCACACAGCAAAGUAAGUAAAGUCUUUUUUUUUUUCUGUACAAAACUUUGCUUUGCCAGGAUGCCAAAUAUUGCAUAGUCAAGGGUAAGUAAUCCUACAUAUUUAAUGCAACAUCCUAUUGUUACAAUUGCAUUCCAAAUCUUGUUCCCCCUGCAUUGACUUUAUAAGACCAAUGGUUGGGUUUAAUGGCAUUCCUUGCAGACAGACAAGAAUAGCAGUGACAGGCUGAUGUCAGGAUAGACAGAACAAUAUGACAAAGCCAAUGUCAGGGCAUGUGGACAGCUAUCCCUCUCCUAGCUUUUGCUGUUCUGUAUCCACCAUUAAAUAUCCCAGUGGCCUAGUCUUUGGUAUACCUUUGGGAUUACAGGGGAGCCAGCCCAUAUACAAACCUACACAGGAUUGGGCUACCAAAGGCCUUGUACAAAUGCCUCAUGCUUCCUCACUCUUACUGUACUGUGCGAGCAAACAUCCCAACACACUUCCUGCUAUUUUAAUCCAUUGAAGAUCAUUGCUGUGAGGAUACAGUCCACAAUCCCUGUGUGCUAGUAUCUUAGGGGACAGUUGCUGUAUGGGAGACUACCCUCCCAUAACCAUAUAAUACAUUAAUCAUUAAUAAAUUAAUUCCCUGUCUGUGUCUCAUUGCCCACAAAAUAUGUCUUUUCACUAGAGGACUUUCUAAAAUGCUCCCGGUACUCCUCCAAUAGAAGCAUAUUGCUUGUUAAACCCAAGACCUAUGUUUAAUGAUUUGAUGACAAAACUUGUGCAUAGAUAAUAAUAAUAAUAAUUAAUAAUAUUAUUUAUAUAGCACCAGUAAAUUCCGAAGCGCUGUACAAUAGGUGGACUAACAGACACGUAAUUGUAACCAGACAAAUGGACGUACAGGAACAGAGGGGUUGAGGGCCCUGCUCAAUGAGAUUACAUGCUAGAGUGAGUGGGGUAUAGUGACACAAAGGGUAUAAGUAGGGGUAAUGAAAUAGGUUGCUAGAAAGUAAUCAUUGAGAACUUAUUAUUUUUUAAAGUUGCAGGAGAGGAGUCAUCGGGCAAUGUAUAGUAAAAGGCCUAUUAAAGCACUAUUAUUAGCACGGGUUUCUUCUAUUAUGUCUGUUAGUAACUGUUGAAAGGCUCGUCUUUGUACAGCUGCAGCAAAGUCUGUCAUUAUGAAGACCGCGGCUGCCCUCUUCUGUGGUUAUUUUGGUCUUAUUAUGUAGGUCUCUAUGACUAUCACUUGACACGUUGUAUUCUAUUAGUGGAUACAUGUGGUCCAUCAGUAAGCUAUAUGUCAAUCUAUAGAAACAAAUAUGGUAAUAAUGCUCAUAUUGUGUGUUUGUUGUAAUGGCAAACGUCUUCUUUUCCGAGACAGCUAGAUACCUGUUACACAUCUACAACAUCAGUUUAUUAGCUACUAAUCCAACUGUGCUAGACAGCAUGUACUAAGCAUGGUGGGAAAAUCUUAUCUAUAUCUUCCAUUUGAGGAGGAACAUAUAAAUUUAUAAUCAUUAUGUGCCCAUGUGCAGGUGUGUGAUUCCCUUUGGAGUGUGGAUUCCCCUCUUGCUCAUGUUGUGUGUCAGGAAUCUGGCUGUGGAAAGCCAAACCAUACGUGGACACUACAGUCUGUGCCCCAUCUAGAUGCCGUCCAAGGAGUACAAUGCACAGGUACUGAUACCAGUAAUUGGUAAAUGUUGCAUUAAUAACUGUGGGUCAUACUCACUUAUGCUAGUUCUACUUUAAUUUUAGGAGAUGAAUCAAGUGUGAGAGAAUGUGAGGAUACAGGGCAUAUUCAACAGAACUGCACUCUUCAGAGCAUCGCCGCUCUAACAUGCAACCAGAAUAUCAAACACAGUCCAGGUACUGAUCGUUUAUAGCACAGACUGCAUAUAGCACAGUCACACACACACUGUCCAGCUACAGACUGCAUAUAGCACAGUCACACACACACUGUCCAGCUACAGACUGCAUAUAGCACAGUCACACACACACACUGUCCAGCUACAGACUGCAUAUAGCACAGUCACACACACACUGUCCAGCUACAGACUGCAUAUAGCACAGUCACACACACACUGUCCAGCUACAGACUGCAUAUAGCACACACACACACUCCAGCUACAGACUGCAUAUAGCGCAGUCACACACACACACACACACACAGUCCAGCUACAGACUGCAUAUAGCACACACACACACACACACACAGUCCAGCUACAGACUGCAUAUAGCGCAGUCACACACACACACACACACAGUCCAGCUACAGACUGCAUAUAGUGCAGUCACACACACACACACAGUCCAGCUACAGACUGCAUAUAGUGCAGUCACACACACACACACAGUCCAGCUACAGACUGCAUAUAGCACACACACACACACACACACAGUCCAGCUACAGACUGCAUAUAGCGCAGUCACACACACACACACACACAGUCCAGCUACAGACUGCAUAUAGUGCAGUCACACACACACACACAGUCCAGCUACAGACUGCAUAUAGUGCAGUCACACACACACACACAGUCCAGCUACAGACUGCAUAUAGCGCAGUCACACACACACACACACACAGUCCAGCUACAGACUGCAUAUAGCGCAGUCACACACACAGUCCAGCUACAGACUGCAUAUAGCGCAGUCACACACACAGUCCUGGUACAGACUACAUUUGCACAGUGACCGUGUCAGUCCAUGUACAAUUUACAGUCAAACACUGUCUCUCAAAUGGACCACACAUGACAGAAGAAUGUAAAGACUCACAUGACGGUUACUUUUCAUAUGAUGAAUUUGACUCUAACCUCUUCCAAAUAUAACACUGGUCUUCGCUUCAUGAAGACACUUCACCUGUGCUUUUUUUAUCCCACAGGUAACUGUUUCAUGCGGCUAUCCAAGGGUCGCAGCUCAUGUGAUGGACAUAUAGAGGUUAUGACUGGGAAUACUUGGAGCCCUGCAUGUUUUACAGGCAUCAAGGACAGUGAUCCCCAGGUCCUCUGCCAGCAGGUAGUUUUUCUCUCAUGCUUAGUUCUAUUUCCUCCAGAAUGUUAAAAGUUCCUCAGGGAGCCUGAUAUACUUGAGCUCUUCCAUUAUAUAAUGACAACAGAUUUCUUUGGUAUUUAAUAGUUUUCUGGGGUUUUGUUUUAUUUUUAAUAUAAAUAUAUAUAUAUAUAUAUUAAAAAAAAUACAAGCAGUGUUGCACUCACUGUAAAAUAGAAUCACUGCCUGGUGCUUAUCUGGCAAAGAUAUAGAGAUAAAGGUAGAUAGCACUCCACGGACUUAAUCUUCAAAUAAGAAUUAACUUUUAAUGCUCCAAGUUAAAAAUCAACGUUUCAGUCUGGACAAUCAGACUUUCAGCAGGUCUGAUUGUCCAGACUGAAACGUUGAUUUUUAACUUGGAGCAUUAAAAGUAAAUUUUUAUUUGAAGAUUAAGUUCGUGGAGUGCUAUCUACAAUUAUUUAUAUAUAUAUAUAUAUAUAUAUAUAUAUAUAUAUAUAUAUGUUUAGCAUUGUAUUAACUAUCCACAUACUUCAGGUGGAAGGGGUUUUCAAUCACAAUUUUUCCCCACCAUAACCUAUUUAGAUUUUGCUUCCCAAGCACUACCAAGCCUCACUAAGCAAACCAGUAACCAACCUCAUGCUGAAGAGUUGCAUUAACAAUGAAACAGCUGUCCAUGAGUGGUUCACUGGUUUUGCAUCUUAUCCUAAAUUGUGUUCCAAGCAGUUGUAUACUGCAAACACAAAUUAAAGGAAUCCAUGUUUAAAAUGGAAUGAGGCAAAAAUGUGAUUCUUUGUUAAACUAAUUUGCAUAUGCCCACCCAGAAUCCUUUGCGGUUGUAACAUCACUGCUGAUGUGGGAUUUCUGUGGGAAAAGCAAGUCUUAUGGCUUGACUGGUGUGCAGAUUUUUGUUUAGCAUUGUAUUAACUAUCCACAUACUUCAGGUGGAAGGGGUUUUCAAUCACAAUUUUUCCCCACCAUAACCUAUUUGGAAUUUGCUUCCCAAGCACUACCAAGCCUCAAUAAGCAAACCAGUAACCAACCUCAUGCUGAAGAGUUGCAUUAACAACGAAACAGCUGUCCAUGAGUGGUUCACUGGUUUUGCAUCUUAUCCUAAAUUGUGUUCCAAGCAGUUGUACACUGCAAACACAAAUUAAAAGGAAUCCAUGUUUAAAAUGGAAUGAGGCAAAAAUGUGAUUCUUUGUUAAACUAAUUUGCAUAUGCCCACCCAGAAUCCUUUGCGGUUGUAACAUCACUGCUGAUUUGGGAUUUCUGUGGGAAAAGCAAGUCUUAUGGCUUGACUGGUGUGCAGAUUUUUGUUUAGCAUUGUAAAAGGUGAAGUGAGUGUGCGAGAAUUAGAUCAUGGUUGCAGUCACAGAAAUGGCUUUGCUGUAGGAAUUAGUGCAGUAUAUCUCUGAUUGUCCCUUUAGUACUUUAAAUAAUCUUCCAUCCUUUAUGUAUGUUUUAUUUUUUCUGAUUGCAUGUAGAUCUCCUUGUACAGGUUGUAUGUGCUAUCACUGGAUAAUGUGUAAUGUGAGGUGCUCUGCCCUAUGUAUUUUGUAUGUGCCGGAAUUCUUCUGGACUGCACUCAAGAUUCGAAUCUAGCAUGUGAAAAAGGGUCCACCCAUCACUGCUUGUGUUUCAAAAAGGCUACACUAUUAGUUAUGUGAUGCCUAAACUGAAAUUGUUUGUAAAGUGUAUGUUAUCUGUAUGCUUAAUAGUCCAUUAUGUUGGUGAAAAUUGUUCAAAACUGGCUUUUUUUUAAUCUGGUAGUUCUACUUGUUCCUGUUGUGACUAGUCUGAAGCUAUGUGCUAUAAUAAUAAUCUUUUUUUUUUUUUUUUUUUUUCUUGUGUGUGUGUGUAUAGAUGAAUUGUACAUAUGAGCGCCCUGCUUUCUCUUCUGUGUACAAGCAUAAAUCACGGGCAGCUGUUAUGAUCCAGUGUCAAGAAAACCAAACCUCUCUCUGCAAUUGUUACCACCAUAGUGUGAAUAUUUGCCAAUCUGGUCUCACUACAUAUUUGCAGUGUAAUAGACCAAGGUGAGUCCAAGAUGCACAGUGGGAGUGGGAUACUCUGUUUAUUGUCCAUUCUAGGUGUCAAGCAGACCAUGUGCGUUGGAUGAAAUGCUGUUAGGUUUGUGGCCUUCUGUGGUUGGGUCUGCUCAUGUUUUGUAUCUUCUGUGAUGUUUUCUCUUUAUGUGGUGCUUUUUCUCCAUUAAAUUGCAUGAUGAGUAGAUGGCAUUAUAUGAUGUAUGCAUGUGGUGCUAAUCGGGAAGAUUCCUUUAACAACUUGUGUUUUUUCUGUUUUUGUUUUUUUGCUAGGAUGGAUGAGUCCUGGUUAGUGUGGGCUGGCAUAUGUCUUGCUGCAAUGUGUAUUGUAGCAAUGUGCUGGGUACGUGCUACCAAGUCCUGGAAAAGAUGUGCUCCAUCUUUGUAUAAAAAUAUACGGUCAUGUCUCUCCUGUCCCUCAAACACUUAUGAACGGGGUCGCCAGAACUCCAAACGACGCAGGAACAUUUAUGAGACCCCUAACCUUGUAGUCCAAGAGACCUGUAGCCCUCCGUCCUCCCCUACUGUCCUACAGAAUCCAACAGGUAAGUGAAAUCACUACUAUUAAAAACAUGGAAUAUUUUCUCAGUGUGCUUAUUGAAUUGACCUCUGCAUGCUUUUCAAUACUCUACUAACUGCAAAUACUAUAAAUAACUUUAUAUGAAGUUUGUUUUCCAUUAAAAACCUGGGUCGCUUUUUGGUUUAUUUUAUAUAAAUUUGUGAUUUUAACUGCCAUACUCCACUCUCAGACGAUGUAUCAGCCUUCAAGGGGAAACACCACAUCCAAUGAUUCGUUAAAGAAACACCCCAGAACAUAAAGCACCUCAGUUUGCUGAAGUGCGUUAUGCGUAUGGAGUCUGUCAAAUUUGUGACCGUUAAUAAAAGUGCAGAUUUCAAUUGAAAUUAAAACUUUUAUGAAGCUUUGUUGAAAUUCAUACUGUGGUCAGACAGCUGGAGAGGAUUUCUUCCUCUUUUUUUUUUUUUUUUUUUAGCUCCACAGAGCUAACAAAAUCGUCAGGCUUGCCUUCUCAAUGAUACAAGUCAUUGAGAAAUAUUGGAAUGCCAUCGCAUGAAUGCCUGCUCUCGAGGUUUCAGCACAGAUUGUUUACAAUGAAACUCUGGUGCAUUUCCAGGCAGAUUCUGGAAUACUGUCCUGGUGAAAGAGGUGAGAACAGAAAACGUGCAGAAAAUAAAUACAUGCACACUUUCUUUGUGGGCAUAUUUACCAAAUUAUUGAGAAACAUGAAAAUAAAACCAUUUCAGGGAAUUGUUCCUUUUAUUAUGUUUGCAAAUCUGCUAUAUCUAACUAAUUGCAUUUGUUAGGUCUGAAAAAAUUAAGUGAAUAAAUCUACAUCGCUGUACUUAGCUACAUCCUGAAAUUGAGCGACUUGUUAUUGGUCCAUGUCAACCAUUGUUACAAGCUCUUCCCUUUUAUCUCUACUAUUUCUCUUAAUUGCAUUGUGUGCCUUGGCUGUGCCAGUCCUUGAAGGGAUGCUAUAGGCACCCCAGACCACUUCAUCUUAAUGACGUGUUUUUAGUGCCAUUUCCCUCUUGUUUUAGCCCUCAGUGUAAAACAUUGGCAUUUUGCAGGGACAGCAAUGAAUUGCAGCGUUUAAAUGCCUCUAGUGUCGGUCACUCUGAUAGCCACUAGGGGCGCUUCCACGGAAAUAACCAAUUAAAAUUCCGGUAUUUUAAUCAGAUGGACCCCUGGGUAAUAUAUGCCAGUUUGCUAAGUUGGGUAAACAUUUAAUCCUGUUAUUUUUUGUUGUUGCAGAAGUGAAUGCCCUGCUGGCUCCCCACGGUUUCCGCCUUAAUAAUACAAUUACUCCUCCUCCCAGCUACAUGCAUGCUCUCAAAAUCCUCUCACGACCAUUGGAAAACUCACAGACUCCACCACCCAGCUACCUAGAAGCUCUGAAAAUUCUCUCUAGGCCAGUGCUGGUACACGUUCAUGCCGAAGAGGACUGCGAGGAGAAGGAGGAUCUGACGACUUACACUUAUGGGGAGAAGGAAGGCAAUACUCAGGACAAUUGAUGAGUCCUGCUAAUAUUCAGUAAUGCAUACAGAACAUAUAUACUGACUGCUGACUAAUGAACGUCUGAAGAUCAGCAUAGCUCUAACAGCAUCACUCCAUUGGCCACAUGUAUUAUAACCUCGACACUGUUUCCGUUGUUCUUGAUAAUGUUUCAUACUAUGUAAUUUAAAUAGGUCUAUUAGUGCAUACAAUAAGUAUGCCAACCUACACGUGUAAGCAUGUCUGCCCAUGUCCAUUAAUAUUUAACCUGUGAAGAACUUGAAUUUGUGGAUGGCAGCUAAUUAAUUUCCAAACCUCCCAGUUUCCAGAUAAAUUCACUUUUCCCUUCGUUACAUAGCUUUUUCUUGUGCAGUCCCUGGUUCUUUAGGUGGGUACAGGAAAUAUGCAAUUUGUAUUUUGCUGACAGAUGUUACAUAAUGUCAAGGAUUCACUUGUAAAGUGUUGACUUCAAAAUAUCGAGCAUAUAAAUGGUGACACUAGAGUGGUUCUCCCUUCAUGUAUCUAGCACAGUUUACAGUGGGAUAACCCCACAUCCUUAAAGUGCUGGGAGUUACUGAGUUGUACAUCCUAACCUUGAGACAGGCAUAUGCUGUUAGACAUCAUCUUAAGCCAGUCCACAGGCCCUUAAGUAAGGUACACUCCUAAGCUCCGCAAAACCCACACUAAUCCCCAACACUAAUGAAGACAUUUAAAAACUGUACGAUUAGGAGUGGCUCUGUAGCGACACUGUUCUUAUGACAGCUGUACCAUUACUGCAACAUAUUAAAUUCAUCCCUUUCGACAGCGACAUUUUCAUUGGCCACUUACAUCAAAGACAAGCAUGAACUCCGAUCUGAUGUUAUCGCACCCCCAUUAGGUCACUAAGUCCAGAUGGUGAUCAUUCAUGUUAGUACCCUUUUUGUUUUCAUUGGCAUCUCUUUUAUGAGCAAGUCUGGUUUACACCAAACCUUUUGCCUUUCCUCAUACUGAUUAGUGUAGAUAACUAGUGUUGUAUUUCUAGGAAUGAAUUAAAUUCUGUCCCCAAAUGAAAAUCUCAUUUUAAUUAUUUAUUUCAAGCCCUGUUCAUUUGUAACAGUGCCUUUUAUAUAUUGUAUUUAGCAAUGUAUAUUGCAUAUUGCUAUGAGAUUUUAUUUAUUUCCAAAUUGCUUUCCUAGAGAGAAUUAUGUUAAAAUAAUAAUUCUUGAUAAUUUUCCCUUACAUCAUCCCUGUAAAACACACUCCUUCACUGAUAUGUUAAAAUGACACUAAACCUUAAAACGCUUAAAAACAGUUUUUGCAUUGAAUCGUCUGGAUAAUAAAUGGUAAAAUGCACAGUUAUGUUUAUUUUUUACCAAACUGUUUAUAUUUAAUAGGCUGGAGGGCUGCAUCGACAGCUCAAGUAAGUUAGCAGGGACUGUGUUUUCAUAGACUACCAUCAGGUAGGUCCUUUACGCUGCUUAGCACAAGAUAAUAUCUGUAUCCAUUUCAUGUACAAUAAGGGACUUGCACUGCAGGGACACUGUAUAAAUGAUACAGAUGCUAUCCCUCGCUAUUUGUUGCAAUGCAAUAUUUGCAGGAUGGUAGAGAGACUCUUCACAGUUUUUUUCUGUUUGAUUGCGUAUGAUAGGACCACACUUUCCGCUUUAGAGGUAAAAAUGGACACUCAUGCAGAUAGCAGUGAGCACCAAGAUUUUGUAGCUACUGUUCAUGAAUUCCAAAAAUCGAUGAUUUAAAACUAAAUAUGUAUGUAAAAAUGCCAGAUUUUUUAUUUUAUUUAAAUCAGUGUUUUGUUUUUUUUAAAUUUGAUUGCAAUGGGAUUUCUUUUAAUAAAAUGCUUUUUGGAGAAAAAUCU